AAAUUCAAAAAAAAAAUAUUAAAGUGCCUUUUAUUUUUCUCUUAAUACUUGAAGAAUCUCCUCUUGAAAGAUAAAAACAUGAGGAUAGAAGGUAUGAGACUAGUUUGUGGUUUGAUUGUGGUGAUUGUGUUGCUGAAUUCAAAGAAAGGUGAGAGUAGAAGAUCAAAGAGUGGUUCUAGAAGUAAUUCAUUUGAGUACAAUGCUAUAAACUGCAAAGCACACAAUGCAUCAUUGGCUGAUUAUGGAGGAGUUGGUGAUGGAAACACAUCAAACACAAAGGCAUUUGAAAAUGCAAUUAAAAACCUGAGUCAGUAUGAAUCAAAAGGUGGUGUUCAGCUCUAUGUUCCUGCUGGCAAAUGGCUCACUGGAAGCUUCAAUCUCAUUGGAGUUCUAAGAAAAACUUAA